AAACUCUUGAGUGAGCUCUUAACCAACUGAGCCACUCGGCCAGCCCCACCUUCUUCAUUCUUUAAUGAAUCGAUAAUCAUUUACCUCCCACUUUCUCUAUCUAUGGCACAGCCCUACCCUCUUGGAACCUACAACCCAGGAGAGUGGUAAGAUCUUGUACAUAAAUAACUGGAAUUUUGAAUAACAAUAGUAAAUGUCAUAUACAUAGCACAAACAACAGAUACUAUGGGAGGGAGUUCAGCAAGAGGUGAAGUCACUCCUGGUUUAGAGUAAUAAGGAGAGGCUCUUAAAAGGUUGUAGACUUGAGUAGAAGCUUGAUGAAUGCUUAGGAUCCCAACAGGCACAGAGAGGGCGGGCACGCAAGACAGAACUGACAGCCCAAACGGAGACUUGGAUGGAGAAAAAAGUGGGUGUGUUUGCUUUGAAACUUUUCCUUUCAUCCCCCUGGCUUUGACCGACCUGAGCUCUAAGAAAAGGCUCUCCAGAAAGCAAGACGACAACCUUGCUGCACCCUGUUUUCUUGACUAUGGAAACUCUGUCACUCCACUUCUAGAAGGGCCAGCAAUCAAGGCUGAGAUGAUGACGGCGACCUGCCUUCUCCCUCCUCUCUCUUCUCCUCUAUCCUACUUCACAGCCCAAGAGUAACAAAUGACUCCAAUUUCCCUGAAGACUUCUGUGCAGGAAAAUCACUCUUUCCAGGAAGCUGGAGGUCCUUUGUGUGCUUAGAACCACAGGGACUUUCUUGGGGCUGGAAGUGUCACUCUCCAGGCUCAAUGAAGAAGCAUCCAGUGGACAUGUCUGAAAGCGCCAUCCGCGCCUUUGACCCAGACCGACCCCAGGCCUUAGGUCUAAAGCCUUCCCAUGGGUGGAGACAGCAGGAGCAAGGGGGAUCUUAUCUCUCACCACAUCCUGAGCCACGCUGGGCAGACAAGGAGCCCAGUCCUGGUAGGACAGGCUGAGAUAACGUUUUAUGAACAUUCUUUUGCUGCUGCUUCUAAUGAGAGGUCUGAAAGGAGGCCCUCCCUGUGAGGUCUGCUGAGGAGCCAGAGGCCAAAGUGGAAGCUGAUUAGCUGGCAUCCCAAGCAGUGAUUCAAACUAUGGGCAGUUUCAGAGGAAGCUCAUUAUGGUGACUCCACAAUUAGGGCCUCAGCCCACGUGGCCCGUCAUACCUGUGGGAGGCUGGACCCAGCACCGUAUAAAAGUCCGGACCUGGCUGGGCUCCGCAAUUCCCAUUCUUUGCUGAGUCUUUGAACAUCAGGUAAGUGGGGACAUCUGGGCCCUCUCUCCCUAGCUGCUCUGUCUUCUUGAGGCUACUGUUCCCUUCCUCCGCUAGACUGUGCUUUCUGCUGGUGUUUGAAGUCGUUUGCCAUUUCUUGGGCCUCUCAAACCAGCCUGGGCAUGCCGUCCAGUGUCUUGCACCGGAUUUUCAAUAAGAUUAGUCAAACAGAAAGAAAAGAACCAUGGUAAGACUGGGGCUUGGGGCUCCAGACAUGCAGACAAAAGCUAUGAGGAUAUUCCCACCUAGUAAACGGGUAUCAGAGGGAGCUGAACUAGGGAUCGAAAAGGGAAAGGGGUAAAAAGCAGCAGAGAACUGAGUUCUUGGGGUGUUAACUCCCCAUCCCCCCCUCAACCCUUCAUCUCUCAGGCCCCAGCCUGGUACUGUUCAUGCAGAUCAUUGCAAAUCAUGUGUUUGUUUCAGGUUCUGCAACUCGCCCUAGGAUGUCGUUCAGCGAGCAGCAGACCAAGCAGCCUUGCGUGCCUCCUCCGUGUCUUCAAAAGACCCAAGAGCAGUGCCAGGCAAAGGCUGAAGAGGUGUGCCUGCCCCCAUGCCAGGACCCCUGUCAAGAGACGUGCCCAGUGCAAGCUCAGGAGGUGUGUCUUCCUCAGUGCCAGGAGUUAAACCUGGACAGCUGCCCGCAGCAAGUCCAAGACCAAUGCCCGCCUCAGUGUGUGGAGCCAUGCCAGGAGCUAUCUCAGACAAAGUGUGUGGAGGUUUGCCCACAGAAAGUCCAGGAGAAGUGCUCCCCCGCUGGCAAGGGAAAGUAGCGGCUCGUCAUGCCAUCUAGGGUCGAGAAGAUGGCCGCAGAUGACAGUGCAACCCCAGCCCAUGCUAUGGUGACCUUCUCCCGU